CUCCCGGGAGAGAGAGACUUCAGAUCUAUAAGGUACGCUCAGGUCGUUUUUGCAGAAAGAAAACGGGUGUGGGUUAGGCUACUCGUCUAAGAAUCGAAAAUGGGCUGUGUUGGUUCCAAAACGCCAGUUGUGGCGGUCAACAGUCCUAUGUUGCGCGUGGACUGGAGCGAAGCAAACUCUGUGUCUGACCUGGCGCUCUUGGGGAACACGCGGACCUGCUUGGCUCGCAGACACAUUCGCCACGCGCCCCUAGAGACACUGGACCACUACGAGGUAAAUGUUGAAGACACCGUUGAAAUGUUACCAAAAUCGAGAAGAGCACUUACCAUUCAAGAGAUUGCAGCGUUAGCCAGAUCUUCAUUACAUGGCAUCUCCCAGGCGAUGAAGGACCAUGUGACACGGCCCACAGGCAUGGCCCAGGGCAGGGUGGCCCACCUGAUAGAGUGGAAGGGCUGGUGUAAGCCCACUGACACCCCCGCAGCUCUGGAGUCUGACUUCAACAACUACUCUGACCUCACCGAGGGAGAACAGGAGGCCCGCUUCGCUGCAGGUGUGGCGGAGCAGUUUGCCAUAGCGGAGGCUAAGCUGAGAGCCUGGUCGUCUGUGGAUGGAGAUGACUCUAAUGACGACUCGUAUGAUGAGGACUUCAUUCCUGCCAACGAGCCCACAACACAAAGCACAGAGGUGCCUCCUUAUCUGAGGGACAUUCUUCAAAGUCAGGUGUGUCAGCACCUGGGUCUGCGGGGGCCCUGCUGUGAGGGGCCAGGAGGAGGAGAGGGGGGGAGAGAGGCCCUCUCCCACCUCCACAGACACCCUCUGCUCCAGCCUCUAUACUGCAACAACUACGGUAACACCGCCGAGCUGGCUGCCAAGAUCCUCUCGGCCCUGCAAGGGGGGGAGGAGCUGAUGUUGGCCCGCCUCCAGAGGCCUACUCCGAGACCUAUCUGUCGCCCGGGGGAAGACGAAGGUACGCCCUGCAAAGACUAUGAGGGCACCGUGGGCCAGGGAGAAGGACAGCGCGAGGUGUACCCACCUGACUAUGCCACCCACAGGAAGGUCUCAGAUGUAGCCUCCUCCGGGGUGGUGUCUCUGGACGAGGAUGAAGAGGAGGAAAAGGAGGAGGAGGAUAGGGGGAGAGAGCAGAGAAACCAAUGACUGCCCUGUCAUUGAUUUUUGUUUCAUCAGUUGUUCUUCUCUCCGUCCCUCCCAUGGCCUCUGACAUGUCUAAACCUGUCUGCAUGUUUUUUUCAUGACUUGAACUCUUACUGCAGUGUAACCUCUCUGUCUUGGCGUCAUCGCAUCAUGUCGAUCCCCUACCCGCCUGCCCCCUUGACCAUUUGAUAUGUAUCAAUAUAUUUUUGUCUUGAGGCGUCCAAACAAUCUUUUCUAUCAAUGUGAAGCAGGAGAGCAGGACUGGCUGUCACAGGUAACCAACCCAACGAUUGGUCUGUGGUUUCAGGAAGGAGCUCACGGAUUGGCCAGUGGGGUUCAGUGCUCCAGCCACCCACAACAAGAAAGCGAGUGACUGCUAAAAAAUGAAAGGGACACAACUGACAGGAAAAAGACUGAACCUUAAAACUCUGAAAUAUCUCUGCAUGUGUUUGCAAGUGCUGAACUGAACUUGUGUGCUGACCUGGUCUUGAGCACGUCGGUUUUGUAGUUUGGGCUGUUCUGUAUAACCCCUCCCUUCCUCUGCCCCCAACCAGAUACAGUAUAUCCCAUUGGUGGACAGGUUCCACUGCAUCCUGAAACCUGAAGCCCUUCCUCUCCUUUGCAAGAGAUGUUGGACACGUUCCUCUGCCCAAGCGUUGCUGACGCAUGCCAGAUCUUACAAUGCCUGGAUACGCAUUUUACGUAUCAGCUAACCACAUAUGAUCCACCAAUCUGGUGCCCGACAGCACAGUCGAUGACGUGGCACGCAACCAUUGGAUGAUGCAUGCAAUGUCUGAGAAGGGGAGCGCUACCCCCUAGCAUCCUUCUGGGCAUGGCUUGCUGAGUAUGCCAAACUACCGUAUGUAACCUGUCACCAACAGUUAUGAGCAAAUGCUGGAAUGUCUUAAAAGUGACAGGAAAUAUGUAUUUUAAAAACAAAAAAAUAUUUGUCACAAAUGAUGACAGAAAUGAUAUGCUUUUAUUGUACUAGUUUUCUAUCAUUCAACAUGUUAUUAUAAUUAUUCUGAAUAUCAUUAUGACUAACCAUCAUAAUGACAUACUAUAGCUACCAUAUUUUGUUUUUGGUUCUAUGGUUUCCUAUAUGGAAUUCUUAAGACCAAUGUUUCUCUUAAAAAACAACGAAGACAAAAACACAAAUAGAAUGUUCCAGAAGUGACCCUUGGAUGAAAGAGAUUCUGUUUGGUGGAGAAAUUGUUGUACAGAAACCUAGUUUCAGUGAAGAGGUGUUGCGUUGCAUUGGAGAUUUUCUAUAUUUUUGUAUGCAUUGUCUUGCUUUAAUCUUUGCCUAUGCGGCGUGCCAGUGUAUGUGGUUUUUGCACGAAGCUAACGUGGCUGUAGAUUUCUCCUUUCUUUGUUAUCACUGUGUGAUAUAGUAUACCGGGAAAAAAUUACAAAUAUGAUCAAAAAAAGGUUUAUUUAAUUUUGAAAGAGGAUACUGUGAUACGGUUUGUUAUUGUCAUGAUCCUCAAUGGGAAAAGUUUCCUUUUCUUUGUAAUUAUAUUGGACUUCUUUCUUUCCUGUUCAUAGCUGCUCCUAAAGCAAAAUUCCAAGUUAAUUCUCUUUCCAUUCUUUUUCAAAGGAGGUCAGGAAAAGGGCAUUUUUUGUAAAUAUAUCGAAAUCAUUCCAUUGGCAUGGUGAUCUGAGGAACCUUAAAUUGGUUCGGUCAGAGGGACUGUCACUCAUACAACUCAGGAAGUCCCAUUGGUUCAGAGCGUCAGUAUAUCCCGCCCCUACACAAUGAGCCUCUGCUCACUCAUCCUCUUUCUCAGCGAGCGUGUGUGUGUGUUGGGAAAUGUAUUCACGAUUAAAGCACAGAAUUAGUGUUCA